AUGGCGAGCUCGGAGCGCAGCGCGCUGCUCACGUACCGCCUGUGCGGCGGCUCCGGAGAAGACGAGCGGGGUAGGGAACGUGGCCGGGCCGCCGCCGCCGCCACCCCCCGCAAGCUUCCCACGUUCCUGGGCGUCGUGGUGCCCACGCUGCUCUCCAUGUUCAGCGUCGUCCUCUUCCUGCGCCUCGGGUUCGUGGUGGGCCAUGCUGGCUUGUACCAGGCUCUGGCCAUGUUCGCGGUGGCCUACUUCAUCAUUGGCAUGACGGUACUGUCGGUGUGUGCCAUUGCCACCAACGGUGCCCUGGAUGCUGGAGGAGCCUAUUACAUGAUCAGUCGUGCCCUGGGCCCGGAGUUUGGGGGCAGCAUUGGGAUCAUGUUUUUCCUGGCCAACGUGUGUGGCAGUGCCCUCUAUGUGCUGGGGCUGGUGGAGGCGGUGGUGGACAGCUUCGGGAUCCCGCCAGGGCAGAAAGUGGGUUCAGGCAUCCACGUCCUCCCCCAGAGCUAUUGGUAUGAGCUGCUCUACGGCACCAUCCUGCUGGCCCUGUGCCUCGUCGUGUGCCUGGUGGGUGCCUCCAUCUAUGCCAAAGCCACCUUCCUCAUCUUCCUCAUCGUGGCGGGUGUGCUGGGCACCAUCCUUGUCAGCUUCUUCGCCACGCGGCCCCUUGGUGUGCCCAUCCGCAUGCCGCACCUCAACAGCUCGGAGACUGAGAACGGCAGCUUCACGGGCUUCUCACUUGCCACUCUGCGAGAAAACCUGGGCGGUGGGUAUGGAGUGGACUACACCACGGGGCAGAUGAUGAGUUUCAGCACAGUUUUCGCAGUGAUGUUCAAUGGCUGCACCGGCAUCAUGGCAGGCUCCAACAUGUCAGGGGACCUGAAGCGCCCGAGCUACUCCAUCCCGCGGGGCACCAUCUCUGCUGUGCUCUUCACCUACCUCGUCUACAACCUGCUGGCUUUCCUCAUGUGUGCCACCUGCAACAGGACCCUCCUGCAGAAAGAUUACGGCUUCCUGCGUGACAUCAGUAUCUUCCCACCUCUGGUGACGGUGGGCAUCUAUGCUGCCACGCUCUCUGCAGCCAUGAGCAACCUCAUCGGGGCAUCCCGCAUCCUCUAUGCUCUGGCACGGGAUGAUCUCUUUGGCCGGGCGCUGGCGCUUGCCAAGAAGACAUCUGCAAGUGGGAACCCCAUCAUGGCAGUGAUCCUCUCCUGGCUGGUGGUGCAGCUGGUGCUCUUCUCUGGGAAGCUCAACACCAUUGCAGGAGUUGUCACUACCUUCUUUCUUUUGGUUUAUGCCACUGUCAACCUGGCCUGCCUGGCACUGGAGUGGGCAUCGGCCCCCAACUUCAGGCCCACCUUUCGCUACUUCACCUGGCAUACGUGCCUGCUGGGUAUCGCCGGCUGCUGCGUCAUGAUGUUCCUCAUCAGCCCCGUGUCAGCCUCGGCAAGCCUGGGCUUCCUCCUCAUCCUCCUCCUUGCCCUCCACUACCUGUCACCCAGCAGCACCUGGGGCUAUAUCAGCCAAGCUCUCAUCUUCCACCAGGUGCGGAAGUACCUGCUGAUGCUGGAUGUGCGGAAGGACCACGUCAAGUUCUGGCGCCCUCAGAUGCUGCUGAUGGUGCAGAACCCGCGGGGCAGCGCCCGCCUCAUUGACUUUGUCAACGACCUCAAAAAGAGUGGCCUUUAUGUCCUGGGCCACGUGGAGCUACAAGACUUGGACUCACUGCCCUCAGACCCGCUGCAGCCCCAGCAGGACUCAUGGUUGAGCUUGGUGGACAAGCUGAAUGUCAAGGCCUUUAUCAGCCUCACCCUCGCGCCCUCGGUGCGGCACGGCGUCCGGCAGCUCCUCUUCACCUCUGGCCUUGGCGGCAUGCGCCCCAACACGCUGGUGCUGGGCUUCUAUGAUGAUGCAGCACCACAGGACAGCCUGGCCCAGCACCCUGCCUUCACCAGCACCCGCGAAGAGCUGCCCCUGGGCUUCCCCCCACUGCGGGCCGCCGCCGCCCCCAAGCUGCUGUCUCCACGCGAGUAUGUAGGCAUCGUGGCUGACGCCCUGAAGAUGCUCCGCAAUGUCCUGCUGGUCCGACAUUUGGAGAGCCUGGACAAGGUGUGGGAGCUGCGCCGGGCCGCCAGCCCUCCGCCUUCCAUCCACGUUUGGCCCGUCAACCUGCUGCGGCCCGAUAGCGCCCGCUACGCCGACACGUGCAGCCUCUUCCUGCUGCAGAUGGCCUGCGUGCUCAACAUGGCGCGGGCCUGGCGCCGGGCCCGCCUCCGCCUCUUCCUUUGUGUGGAGGCAGGCGCCAUGCCCCACGCGCAGGAGGACAAGCUGCGCCAGCUCCUCAAGGACCUGCGCAUCCAGGCCCAGAUCCAGCUGGUGCCGUGGGAUGGGGUGGUCCGCCUGCACUGGCAGGCCCCACGGGGACCUCCGGGCGGCCCGGCGCCCGCUGAGGAGGAAGAGGUGGCGGUGAACUUCCCACCCAACACCACCCAAGUGUCGGAUGAGUACGUCUGUGCCGCCAACAAGAUGGUGCUGGAGCAGGGCCCGGCGCCUGCUGUCCGCUUCCUCUAUCUGCCACGGCCUCCGGCUGACACCGGGCUGUACCCGCUGUACCUGCGGCAGCUGGAGCUGCUCACCCGUGACCUUGGCCCUACUGUGCUGGUGCACGGGGUGAGCGCUGUCACCAGCACCCAGCUGUAGGAUUGUCCUCGUGUCCCCAACCCUCCUGCAGUCAGUGCCUUACAGCUCCGGGCUGGGUACGGCUUGGGGGGAGUUGGCCCCGGCCGUGAUUCCCAUUUGCAGGCCUUGUUCUAGGGGCUGUGCUGGGAGGAGAGUAGGGGGUUUUGUUUUUUGGGGGGAGGCACAGCAUUUAAAGCUGCCCUGGCAGGAUCCGGGCACUUAAUGCGUUCACUGUGCCUUUUCUCUGGGGGUCCUCAGGAGGGUCCCGAUUUGCUACUGGGAGCCCUUUGCCUGCAGCCCUCUCCCCCGUACUCUCCUCCACAGGCUCCUCUGGGCACCCAGCCAACAGUGGGGAUUGAUUAAAGGCAGCCUCGACCUUGGUGCCCCCGCUCCCUGCCAUCCUCCGUGCCUUUCAUUAGGGAAAAUUAAAUGGGAAAGGGGUGGGGGAUGGGAGCCCAUUCGACUGAGUUCCCUGCUUCAGACUGGGGAAGGAGGAGGCAGCCCUUUGUGGAUGUGUGACCCUGUGGGUUGAGGGUCCUGCUGCCCCCAGAGAGGGGGAAAUGAGGGGUUGCCCAGGUGGGGCAUUGUAGCCCCAUGCCUACAGGGAGCAGUGGCAUUGCCCUGACCCCUAGCUCUCCACAAUGCUUCCCCUUCCAUCCCCUUACCCAACUGUACUGACUGGGGGAGGGCAGGAAAUAGCCUGGGUGAUGGCGAUAAAUCUAUUGGGUGCCUGGCCGGUGGGCAGCGUGCCUGGGUGCUGCCUGAUGAAUUGCUUCCUAAUAGCCCAAAUGGGUGUGGAGGCUGCUUAGGGCCAGGAGCUGUGUGUGUGGGGGGGUGGGGCGGGGGGUUAACAGCACAGCCUCUGCCUCCCACUCCCAUCACCACUAAGGUGCCAUCAGCCAGAGGACUGGAAAACCCCAUAUAUCUGGGUGCUCUCUGGGGAAAUAGAGUGGGGCUGUAUUGCUCCCCACUUCUUGCAGGGGGUUGUACCCUCCCCCCCCCCAGCAGGACUUAGGGCUGGUUCUGCUGCUGGAGGUGGGAGGUUGGUCCCUCAGCACGGGCACCACACGGCUCCAGCUGCCCACUGCAUUUAUUUACAGUCAGGAGCUGGCAUAGGGCAGCCGGGCACCAGCGGGACCCGGCAGUGUAUAAUGUUAAUUAUCACCACGUAAUUAAAAGCCCAUAAAAAAG